ACUCAGAAGAGUCUUGCGGUUGUUGGCUGAAACUUCACGACAACUCGUCCAUUCUCGAGUUGAGCGUCUCUCAACUCUCGCAACCGAAUCUGCCUGAAUAUUUACCAGUCGAGGAUCUUCGCUUCAACCGUUUCAGUUUGAACCCAUUGAAACAAUUAUCCAAGUUAUGACGGCAUCGAUCCUUUUCCUAUUGGCCCUGGUUGCCAUGAUGUGCUGCUCCUGUCCAGUCAGCGGCCUCGUCUACCAAACCAGAGAUGCCAUCAUCAUGGAAGACGAAAACAUGGGAGGCGACGACGAGUAUUACCAAUCGACCAACCUGCCGAGCAACACCUUCAUGUUGAAGGAACGCUCGUGUUUCACAAACGAAGGAAGCAUCGGCACUUGCACUUCGCUGCGAUCCUGUUAUCCCACCAUCAAAUUAUCUCAAGUCAACCAAGAGGAAAUGUGGGUCAUGUUCACUCGUGGGACUUGCAGCUACGGCGGAGAAAACGGCAAACAGAUGUACGGAGUCUGUUGCCCGAAACAAUCCAGUGGGGUCCGCAAUUCUUAUAUGUCCACUAAUCCGUACACCAGGCCGACAAAUAUUUACUCGUGGCUGCAGAAUCCGUACAGGCCGACAAAACCCGUGACGACGAUGACCAAUGGAUUGGCCGAACAAUCCGCGGAUAAGCAAUCCACCUGUGGCGCUGGGCCGACAAAGACGCUGAGCUUCGACGAGCAGCGCAUCGUCGGCGGCACUGACGCCCAAAAGAAUUCGUGGCCCAGCAUCGUUUCGCUGAGAUUAAACGGCCAAUUUUUCUGCGGCGGAUCUCUGCUUAGUGAUAAUCAAAUCCUGACGGCCGCUCACUGCGUCGACCGGUUAACCAAGGAGACGAUUCCGCAAUUGACUGUAGACUUUGGCAUGCACCGGUUGAACCCAAACGACGCCCAUGUGACGAAAAAGGUCCGCCGAUUGACGAUUCACAAGGACUGGGAUGAUAAAACAAACGCCAAUGACAUCGCCCUCUUGACGCUAGCCUCACCCGUGACUUUCACGCCGGCCAUUUCACCCGUCUGUUUGCCGGAGACGAGCGAGCAGUACGCCUACAAAGAUGCGGCCAUCGUCGGAUGGGGGACAGUGAAAGAAGGUGGGUCUUUGCCUACCGUCCUGAAGCAAUCGACCGUCAAGGUACUGGCCAAUUCGAAAUGCAAGCAAAGUUACCCUACCAUUACCGGCAAUCAGCUCUGCGCUGCCGCCCCCGGGACAGACACUUGCCAAGGUGACAGCGGUGGUCCCCUAUUCGUGCGAUCGUUGGGGGGUUCUUGGACCCAAACUGGAAUCGUCAGCUACGGAAUCGGAUGUGCCAGACCGAAUUACCCCGGCGUUUACACCAGAGUGACUGCGUACAGACAAUGGAUCCGAUCGUACGCAAAAGUCUGAUCGCCUGCCGAAUGCGACAUCUCUAGUGGAUUUUGAACGACUUUUUAAGCAACAAGAUAAACGACGAUAAAAGAUAAAGCGAAAACAAUAGAGUGCACUAUCUUGUUUAUAUUCAACAAAACAACAAAAUAAUUUUGUUGGAUAAUUCCCAGUUUUUGAUUUGCCAAGAAAAGCCUUUUGCAAAGAUGAGAAUAAACAUACGGAAAUUUCAA